CAGACAAGGAUCACCGUUAGGCCUGUAUGCACAGGUGCAUCAGCAGAGCACUCUCGCAUAGACAUUUUGCGGGAUUCCGAGGAUAUGCCUCACUGAGUGCGGCGACACCAGCGCAACAAUAUGACGUAUGUGUAAUAGGCGGUGGUCAUGCAGGCUGUGAGGCCGCCGCGGGUGCAGCGCGCACAGGCGCCCGGACGCUGCUGCUGACGCAGAACCUCGACACGAUUGGAGAGCUGUCAUGCAAUCCCUCGAUGGGUGGUGUCGGGAAGGGCACCCUUAUGCGCGAGGUCGACGCGCUCGACGGACUCUGCGCGAAGGUAACAGACGAGGCGGGCAUCCAGUUCCAGAUACUCAACCGGUCCAAAGGGGCCGCCGUUUGGAGCCCUCGAGCCCAGGUCGACCGUAAGCUCUACAAGACGCACAUGCAGGCGGCCCUGCGCAGCUACCCUAACCUCUCCAUCCACGCCGGCAGCGUGUUUGACCUCGUCCUCGGCCAUCCACUCGGGUCUACAGACCUCCCAGGCGCAGAGGUCCGUGGCGUUAAGCUGGACUCCGGGGAGGUGAUCGCUUGCUCCCAGGUGGUCAUCUGCACGGGGACUUUCCUUUCGGGGGAGAUCCAUAUUGGUAUGAAGCGAUUCCCCGCCGGACGCAUGAACGAAGCUCCGUCGGUCGGCCUAUCUGCGUCACUUAGCGCCGCGGGUUUCAAGCUCGGCCGACUGCAGACAGGUACCCCUGCCAGGCUGGCGAAGGACUCCAUCGAUUUCUCGAGGCUUGAGAUUCAGGAAGGAGACAACACUCCUCUCCCUUUCAGCUUCAUGAACGAUCGUGUCGCCAAUGCAGACAACCAAAUCCGAUGCUGGAUGACGGCGACGACCCAGACCACGCACCAGAUCAUCCGCGACAACAUCCAUCGCUGCGUGCACAUCCAAGAAACCAAGAAAGGCCCGCGGUACUGCCCAUCGCUCGAAGCGAAAGUGACGCGCUUUCCGCACAAGGCCUCCCACAACGUAUGGCUCGAGCCCGAGGGGUACGAUUCUAACCUCGUAUACCCGAACGGCCUCUCGUGCAGCAUGCCGGAAGACGUGCAGGAGCAGAUAUACCACUCCGUCCCGGGUCUCGAGAACGCGAAGCUGGUCCGGCCGGCGUACGGAGUUGAGUAUGAUCACAUUGACGCGCGCGAGCUCGGGCCCACGCUGGAGACGAAACGGAUCAAGGGUCUGUUACUUGCAGGCCAGAUCAAUGGGACCACUGGGUAUGAAGAGGCCGCUGGCCAAGGCGUCGUCGCAGGCAUCAACGCAGGCUUGUCGGCCCUCCGUCGGCCUCCACUCGUCAUCACACGCGCCGACGGCUACAUCGGCGUCAUGAUCGACGACCUCAUCGUUAAGGGCGCCGAAGAGCCAUAUCGAAUGUUCACGUCACGCUCUGAGUACCGCAUGACGCUGCGAAGCGACAAUGCGGAUUUGCGAUUGACGGAGAAGGGUCGCGCGGCGGGGGCGGUGGGCGAUGCGCGGUGGGCACGGUUCGAGUCUACCCGCGCGGAGCUUAGGCGCGUCACGGAGCUCCUCCAGUCUUGCGUACUGAGUCCGCAGAGGUGGCAGGCUCACGGUUUCGACAGGAAAAGUGACGGUAAUCUGAAGAGCGCGUUCGAGCUCCUUAGCCACAGAAACGUGCCCAUAGACGCGCUCACACCUGUCCUCCCCGAGCUUGCAUCCAUACACCCACACAUUCUCGGUCGUGUCGAGACCGACGCGAUUUACAACCCUCAUCUGCGCCGACAAGAGGCGGACCUGCGACUAUUCAUGGAGGACGAGUCGCUCGUGCUCGACCCGCAUCUCGAUUACUCAACCGUUGAGGGCUUGAGCUCCGAAGUUAGGGAGCGGCUGACGAAGGCGCGGCCUACGAGCAUUGGCGCGGCGAAGAGGAUGGAGGGCAUGACGCCUUCAUCGAUGAUAUACCUACUCAAACAUGCGCGACGUGCGAAUGCGGUCAAGGUAGUCAAUCAAGUUGUCGAUGAGAGGGGUGUAGGUGCCCUAGAGUUAUAGGUCGAGUUCAGCUCCAUGGGAGACAGAUGCUCAUGUCAGCAUCUUACAUAGCUUCAUAUAUUAUCAUGUACAUGUACGAC